AUGGGUUUUUCAUCUAAAGAAGAGAAAUCCAAGAGAAUACUAAGAGUCGUAAAAACUCUGUUUUUCUUAAUCACUAUGAUUCUUUCUCUUCUUCUUUUCUCUGCUCCUGUUUUAUUAGUCAUAGCCGAUGCUCUUCUUCCUUCAGCUCUUCUCUCUACACUUUCAGCUUCACCUCUUUCGUUAACAACACUCUCUUCUCAUUUCAACAACUACGAUUUUCGUUACUCUCUUAUUGAUAUUCCUCUCCUCUCAAUAAUCAGAUCCUUUAUAAUCUUCUGUGUUUAUAGUUUAUGUGAUGGACCAAGGCUUUCGAGAUCGCGAGGACCGUAUUUGGGGAUUACUACGUUGUGCUCUGUUUUGUCUCUGUUAUUUGUUUCCUUUAAGGCUGUUUAUGUUUUUGGACAUGGAAGUGGUGGCUAUGUUGGAGGAUCAGAAAUUGCUUUGUUUUUGUGUUCUUGUGUGUUGGCUGUGGGACAUGUUGUUGUGGCUUAUAGGACAAGUUGCAGAGAGAGAAGAAAGCUUUUGGUUUACAAGAUUGACAUUGAAGCAAUUUCAGCUUGUACAAUUGGGUAUCAGAGGUAUCCAAAGAUUCUUCAAGAAGUGAGAACCAAAUGA